UGUGAUUUUCAAAAAAAACAACGAAACAUACCGCUGGAUAGAGGAGAAGCAGCACCAUUGACCAUGAGUUUCCAAUGUUACCCCCGAAGCUUUUCUUUCGUUCCCCGCAGCCCUGACGGCCCUGACCGCAUUGCCGUUGCCAUAUCGACACAGUUGAUUGGGAGUUCCAUGGAAACCAACGUGUCCCCGCGGGGGUUUGUUUACGCAGAACCUUAGUCUUGAAUUUUCCACCGUCCCAAAUAACCGUUUCGCAAAUGCUAACCAAGAAGGAAAAGCUGCUCAUCCGUCCGUGGCAGAUGCAGCGCUACAUUAACCACCGGAUCAAGGUGGUAACGGCCAUGCCGGCCAUCGAUUUUCAUCCCCCGCCGGAGCGAAUCCACAUCGCCCAGAAGCUGAAGAAGCAGCAGAAGGAGCUGGAACGCAAGGAGAAGAUCGAGCAGGAAAACAUUCGCCUACUGCAGCGUCUCGGGGCGAUCAUGAGCAAGAAGCGGCUUGAUAACAUCUGGACCUACACCCGACCAAACUUUCUUCGGCGUGAGAACAUCUACCCCAUCCGUCCAAAGACUACUCCCUCGGACGCUUCCUCCGGCUAUCGUCGAGCGUCGUCCGCCAAACCAUCGAUGGGUGGUGGAAACCUUUCCUCCAACGCCACCGUGUCACCGCUGACGGGCUGGACCAAAUCGAUCCGCUGCAGUGCCUGCAGUGCGCCGGCCCGUGCGGCCAUCCAGCUGAACCAGAUCGCCCCGGAGGGUCGCAUCCCGUGGGCUCCGCAGCGCAAAACCACCAACCGGAAGUUGCUGCAGGAGGCUGAAACGGAACAGCACGAAUGUUGUCGAUUCUGCUGCUGCUAGAGUUAGUUGUUUCGCAUUACUUUCCGAGCACGGACUCCACCACCACCCACUGCGCCCUGUGUGCUGUUGUGUGACCAAAUAUGUAGCUGCACCACAAAAAGAAAGCAAGAGCGCGUGGAAGAGAUUUGUUUACAAUCGGGCUUGUAUUUUCAUCACUCUUUUCCGACGGAAAAUAAACACCACACCACCACACUCGCACUUCACUUCAGUGGAAUAAAACGGGAGCUGUGGGUAGCACCGAUACCGGGGCGACCGUGCUUGACCGGCUUGUAGGUCAUCGAGAACUCGCCCAGAUAGUGGCCGAUCAUGUCCGGCCGGAUUUCCGUCUGGUUGAACGUCUUGCCGUUGUACACACCGACGGUGGAGCCGACCAUCUCCGGCACGAUGAUCAUGUUACGCAGAUGCGUCUUCACGCAGGCCGGCUUCUCGUUCGGGGGCGUGUUCUUCUUGGCCAGGCGCAGCUUCUUGAUGAGGGCCUGCGGCUUCCUGCGCUGUCCGCGCUUGAAGCGCCGCUUGGCCCGGCUGUGCAUCAGCUCCACCAGCGCCUCCUGCUUCAUGUCCAGCAGCUGGUCCAGGUCCACGCCGCGGUACGUGAAUUUACGGAAGGUACGCUUCUUCUUGGUUCCAUCCUCCGGUGCUUGGUCGGCCAUGGUUGCGGUUUCGGGAUCGAUCCACAGAUCAGCGGGUCCCAAAUUUAUCGGAAAAUCGCGAGAUUUACACGGCGCUACGUCGUCUUGCGAGCAAGAGCGGGUUGAAAAA